AUGGGGGCAAUGGACCCCGACGCCUUCGACGACUUGCCCUGCUUUGAGGACUUAACGCCCUUCGAGGUGGAGCACUUUGUCAAGGACUUGGAGGAGUUCCAACUGGAGCAGGUGGGCGAUCCGCGGUGGCUGACGCAGCACGAGCGGGUAGAGAAGCUGAAUUGGACGGCUCACAACCAGGCCAGCGACUAG